UCCACACAUACAGAUUACGUAAAGGUCCAAUUUCUUCCAUCCGUUGUCGUGUAACGGUGCAUCGCGAUCAGUGAACACACAUUCCGUGACCAUGUCUGGUAGAGGGAAAACCGGAGGCAAAGCCCGAGCAAAGGCUAAAUCCCGCUCCUCUCGGGCUGGGCUCCAGUUCCCAGUGGGUCGAGUCCACAGGCUGCUACGCAAGGGCAACUACGCGGAGCGCGUCGGCGCUGGGGCUCCAGUGUAUCUGGCGGCCGUGCUGGAGUAUCUGACCGCUGAGAUUCUGGAGCUAGCAGGCAACGCAGCAAGGGACAACAAGAAGACCAGGAUCAUUCCCCGGCACCUCCAGCUGGCCGUGCGCAACGACGAGGAGCUCAACAAGCUGCUGGGAGGAGUGACCAUCGCCCAGGGAGGAGUGCUACCCAACAUCCAGGCUGUCCUCCUUCCUAAGAAGACGGAGAAACCAGCGAAGAGCAAGUAAAAGACUAUUCACAGGCCCGGAAAGAGCCGGGACAAAGGGCUCAGCACGGAGCCAGCCAGUUUUUCAUGUCGGUGUUUAUUUUUUUGGAUAAGCAACUUUUCAAUUGGGGGUCGUGUUUGGUGUUUAUUUCUACAAUGGCAAUAUAAACUCGCGUUUCAUCGGGACUAUUUAUAAACUGCUCAGUCGCCACUGUUGGUUCGUUGGCUCUGGAAAAUUGAGCCGCUUUUUGAAGGCUCUGGAUGAUGAAGGCCGUGGGGAAAAAAAAUCACAUUAAUGUGGACCAACUCUGAAGUUGUUUUGCGUUUCGCAACGCUGCUACAAAACGUGCAAAUGUGUUGUUGUUUCAUGUUUCAAUAAAUUUCCUCGGCCUUUCGGCACAGGGCAAACCA